UUUUUUUUUAAAUGAUGAGUUCAAUGCCUCCAGGAUGUCUUGGGUUUAUUUAACAUGCGCAGUUAAAUCAAGCUUGUUUGAUGAAGAGAUGAGGAUGAUUUAUUUUAAAACGGCACCAAUCCUUUUUAUUUAAAUAUUCUUAAAUUUGUUAUAAUAAACUUGUAGGUUGUUUGUCAACAUGAAAGGCCAGGAGAAAGAUGCGUUUUAUGGGGCUGUUGGGCAUUUUAAAUAUUACAUUUACAGCGGAAAUUCAAAAUAGUCAUUUAUAAUUUGGGUUUAUUAUAUUUUGGUUUUUGUUCUAUGUAUAGUGACCAGGGCGGGGCCAUUAUAUUUCCUGCAAAUUGAUAAUGAACCAAAUGUUGUGAUGUCUUUUGCAGUUCCUCUACAAGGGGCCCUAUACAGCCUUGGGGAGUGUGGUCAGGGUCUCCCACGCACGAAGGACUGAGACCGACCCUCGCCUUUAUUUUUUUAACCUAGACGUGAAUGAGGAGAGAAAAAAAAUGUAUCAAAGCCUGACCUUAUCGUCCAACCAGUCCCAUUACACGCACGACACCGGGAAUUACAUUCACCCCUCGGCCAACUCCCCUGUCUACGUCCCCACCAGCAGGGUCCCGGGCAUGCUGUCCACCCUUCCUUACCUGCAGACCUGCGAGCCGUCUCACCAGUCCCACGGCCUCGGGGCUCACCACCACCACCAUCACCACCACCACCCUCACGGCUGGCCCCAGGGAAGCACGGGGGACGGCUCAUCUUUCGCACCCAGCAGCCCUCACCCUCCACACGGCUUCUCGUACUCGCACAGCCCGCCGCUGAGCACCAACCCCAGCCGGGACGGCGCCUACCAGAGCCCGCUUGUGAUCGGUAACAGCGGCCGGGCGGAGCAGCUCGGCGGUGCCCUGGUGCGGCCCGUUGGGGGAUCUUACACCGGGCCGUACGCCUACAUGAGCCCGGAGAUGGCAACAUCCUCCUGGACGCCGGGACCUUUCGAGAGCGGAGUGAUGAGCCUGCAGGGCCGCCAAGGAGGCUCUUCGACGCGGCGCUCCAGUCUGGAUCUGGUGGACGACAUGGCCACUGAGGGCAGGGAGUGUGUCAACUGCGGCUCCAUCUCCACACCACUGUGGCGCAGAGAUGGCACGGGUCACUACCUAUGCAAUGCCUGUGGCCUCUACCACAAGAUGAAUGGAAUUAACAGGCCACUCAUCAAACCUCAAAAACGACUGCAGACUACAUCUCGCCGAGCUGGCCUGUGCUGCACCAACUGUCACACUAGCACCACUACGCUGUGGCGACGUAACGCUGAGGGAGAACCAGUGUGUAACGCCUGUGGUCUCUACAUGAAACUGCAUGGGGUGCCCCGACCACUGGCUAUGAAGAAGGAGAGUAUACAGACAAGGAAACGCAAACCAAAAAUGCCCAAGAACAAAUUACCUACAGGAACGCCCACAGCCUCUGGUAGCAGCUCACCCUCGUCACUUUUGGUGUCUGAGCACGCCUCCACCAUCAAGAGCGAACCCAGCAUGACGUCCUCACCCUACGCAGGACAGACCGUCACAUCAGCCUCCCAGAGUACCACCCAAUUGAAUGCUACAGUAUCCUCAGCAUCCAUGGACAUUAAAUAUGAUGAUUAUGCUUUUACUCCAACGUCCAUGGCUCCACAGAACUCCUGGUGUGCUCUUUCUCAAGCAUGAGCCCUGAAUCACAGUCAUCCAGUCUCCAUGUCUUACUGGCCGGGACGUCCAAUGCACAUGCAAGAAAGGUGGACACCUAAAUCCCUUUACAAUGAAUUGUAAAUUAAAGAGUCGAGCCGCCUCAUAGAUUCAGGCUGCAUGGGACCAGGACUUCACUAGCAACUACCUAUUUCGGAGCAAGCAAAUGAACCAAUGCAAAAACAAUCACAUGACUUGUAAAGAGAGGAAAUUAUCCGCGGUUAUAAAUUUUAUAGCAUUUUGUUUUUCACAAUGUUUUUAUUGUUCGUUUUUUAACAAACACAAUGAGGACAUGUUACUCUCACUGCAGAAAUAAAAUGGAAGAAAGUUUUUUUAUGGCUUCUGAACACAUCUCAUCAACAGCAUGUGGAUGAUUAACUUUUAUAGACGCAUUAUUUAUAUUGAGAUAAGGGCAGUUAAAAGUCGCUGUGGACAUUACCGUUUGACUCAGAUCCCCCGUGCGGGACGGCUGUCUGGAGUGACCCCGACGCAGGGAGAUGUGAGCAAUUGCUUUGUGACAUAGGACGCCUUCAAUUGUAUCCCGAAUGGUGACCACAUACGUUAUUUGGCAAAACAAUUGACUGUAAAAGUGCAAUGUUUCUAUUUCUAAAAAAAAAAAAAAAAAAAAAAACGACAACAACAAAGUGAAAUUAUUACAAUCGUUUUGAUUGUAUUUUGUCAAUAUUGAAGGACAUUGGUUAUUGUAUUUUAAAUAUGUCACCCUUUGUUUCUUUUUUCUUUUGGGAUCUGUUCAAGUUGAACUGAUUUACUAUUUAUUAAUUUGAUUGAUGGUGAAAUGAAUGAAUAUAAUAAAAAGUAAAUCUCACCAAAUAUCUCAAU